CAUCAGCGGGACUCUCCGCCUGCAUUGCAGUGUUCACCUCCUGGCUGGUCUGCCUCAUCCAACGCACAGAUAUCAGAGGAAAACAGCGGAGUCAUGCUGCUUCUUACUCUACUUUUCGUGUCUACAGCUGUAGCCACCCCUCUGCUGGGCACUGAGCAGUGCGCUCGUGGUCCCCCCUACUGGUGUCAGAAUGUAAAGACGGCGUCUCUCUGUGGAGCUGUGACUCAUUGCCAGCAGAAUGUGUGGAACAAGCCCCAGAUGAAAUCUGUGCCAUGUGACUUGUGCAAAGAGGUGUUGAUGGUGGUGGAGCAGAUUCUGAAGGACAAUGCUACUGAGGCAGAGGUUCUCGGGUACCUGGAGAAGGCCUGCCAGCUCAUCCCUGAUCAAGGUUUGACUGCAGAGUGCAAGGAAAUGGUGGACGACUACUACCCCAUCCUCAUAGGAAUCAUCACUGGAGAGCUUGAGGAUCCUGCUGUGGUGUGUGGAGCCAUGGGACUGUGUAGCUCUCAGCAGGCAGCCCUGGCUCAGGCCAAGGAGCAGCUCAUGUCCAACGAAAUCCCUCAGGUUGACCUUUCCCAGCGUGUGGCUCCCUUCCUGCUCAAUGUGCCCGAGCUCCUCUAUCCUCAGGAGAGCCCCAAGCAGGAAGCUCCUAAACAAGAGACUCCAAAACAGGGAAGCGAUGAUGUUUGCCAGGACUGCAUUAAGUUCCUGACUGACGCUCAAGCAGAAGCCAAGGCCAACUCCUCAUUUAUCGACACUCUCAUUGCGAAUAUUGAGAGCCAGUGUGACCUGCUGGGACCAGGCUUAUCUGCAAUGUGCAAGCAGUAUGUCAGCCAGUAUGGUACCCUUGUUGUGCAGCAGCUCAUGUCCAUGGAACAGCAACCCAAGGAAAUCUGUGUCCACGCUGGCUUCUGUGAUGAGAUGAAGAAGUCUGUUCCCAUGCUGAAGCUGCUGCCUGCCAUGAAGGUUGUACCUGCUGCCAAGCUUGUACCCGCUGUCAAGGUUGUACCUGCUGUCAAGCUUGUCCCUGCCACCAAGGUAGAGUCUGCCACUGACAAGUCUGCUAAGCCUAUGGUGCGAGUCCGUGAUUCCCCAACCUGUGCCAUCUGUGAGUUUGUGAUGAAACAGUUGGAGAGCAUGUUGCAGGAUCAGGCAACAGAGGAGGAGGUGAUCAAAGCUGUGGAGAAGGUGUGCGGACUUCUGCCCUCCUCUCUGUCUGGCCAGUGUAAGGACCUGAUUGAGACCUACGGCCAGGCCAUUAUUGAGCUGCUGGUGCAGCAGGCUGAUCCCAAGACUGUCUGCACAGUGUUGGCACUCUGCAAUGAUGCCAGACGCGCAUAUGUCCCUGCACUGGACCAGACUCGCUUUAAGGCUGGUGGCUACUGCGAUGUGUGCAAGAUGGCCGUCACUUACAUUGAUGGCAUUCUGGAGAAGAACGCUACAGAGGCAGAGAUUGAGGAGGCUGUGAGGAAAGUAUGCAGCUUCCUGCCUGACUCUCUCCAGUCUGAGUGCGACCAGCUGGUUGAACAGUAUGAACCAAUGCUUGUCCAGCUGCUGCUCCAGAUGCUCGACCCCGACUUUGUGUGCAUGAAAGUGGGAGCCUGCCCUGAAGCUGUGCGCAAGCUGCUGGGAACAGAGCAGUGCAGCUGGGGACCUGCAUUCUGGUGCAAGAACAUGGAGACAGCAACUCGGUGCAAUGCUGUGGCUCACUGCCAACGCCAUGUGUGGGUAUAGAAGAAGAGGAAGACCAGGACAAAUUGGCCUGUAGGGAAUUAAAAGAAAAAAAUACUGUAGUGCUGCUUCCCACUUUUAAUUUGUGUCCUGUUUUCUUUUUUUUUUAAAUAGAGUUAAAUGACUGCAAUUCAUGUUUAAAUUAACUUUGAUAUUUUGAAUGAUGUCAUGAUGGAAAGGGACUGGACAUAUAUUUUUUUUGUUUGUUUUUUUUUGGGAGGGAUAGGGGAGGAUUGAUUACGUGUAUAGCAGCCUGCAGCUCAGUCUGUUUUUGCUUCACUACGAGCAGAUGUUACAAAGCUUCACUGUAGAGCUUUGCAGAUUUGUUUCAUUUGGGUUGUACUUACCUAUAUUGCUUGCCUGGUGUGGCACAUGUAGGAACACAAAUUUCAGUUUCACAUGUUGUAUAAUGUCGACAGAGCAUCAGAUGGAUGUUCUGUUUGUCGACGCCCCCCAGCUGUAUUUGAUUCCUCCUCACUGGAGGAACUGAGACAGCUCAGUGUGUUAAGAAUGACAUUAAUAUUGUUACUUUUAGCAGUAUGUCCAAUCCUACAACAAAUUUAUAUUUUGUGGACAGAUAGAAAAUGUGUUGAUGUUUGUUUUAAGGAGCUGAUAUGGAGGUAAUAAGAUGGUCUGUGUGUACCUCCCACUCACCUCCCAUUGUUUGCACUCUUCCUACUGUUUGUAAAUCACGGCUUUUCUAACGUUCAGAAAGCAUCUCGAAUUCGUCUGCUUCAUACCCUGAGCAAACUGUCAGUUGAUCUGUAAAUUUUUAACAAUUAAAGUGAUCCCAAAUCCA